AUGGUUUUUGCUCACAGAAUGGAUAACAGCAAGCCACCUUUCGUUAUUGCUACACUUCUGGUGCCCCUCCAAAACCACAGCUGCACUGAAACAGCUACACCUCUGCCAAGCCAUGACCUGAUGGAAUUAUAUGAGGAGCAAAGUUGGAUGAGCAACAGAACAGACCUUCAGUAUGGACUGAAACCUGGGGAAGUGGCCACAGCCAGCAUUUUCUUUGGGACUCUGUGGUUAUUUUCUGUCUUUGGCAAUUCCCUGGUUUGUUUGGUCAUCCAUAGGAGUAGAAGGACUCAGUCUACCACCAACUACUUUGUGGUCUCCAUGGCAUGUGCUGAUCUUCUUAUCAGCGUUGCCAGCACACCUUUCGUCCUGCUCCAAUUCACCACUGGAAGGUGGACACUUGGUAGUGCAAUGUGCAAGGUUGUGCGAUAUUUCCAGUAUCUCACUCCAGGCGUCCAGAUCUAUGUUCUCCUCUCCAUCUGCAUAGACCGGUUCUACACCAUUGUCUAUCCUCUGAGCUUCAAGGUGUCCAGAGAAAAAGCCAAGAAAAUGAUCGCAGCAUCAUGGAUCUUCAAUGCAGCCUUUGUGACCCCCGUGUUCUUUUUCUACGGCUCCAACUGGGACAGUCACUGUAACUAUUUCCUCCCUUCCUCUUGGGAAGGAACUGCCUAUACCAUCAUCCACUUCUUGGUGGGCUUUAUGAUUCCAUCUGUCCUCAUAAUCUUAUUUUACCAAAAGGUCAUAAAGUAUAUUUGGAGAAUAGGCACUGAUGGCCGAACAGUGAGGAGGACAAUGAACGUUGUUCCAAGGACAAAAGUGAAAACUAUCAAGAUGUUCCUCAUUUUAAAUCUAUUGUUUUUGCUCUCCUGGCUGCCUUUUCAUGUAGCUCAGCUGUGGCACCCCCAUGAACAAGACUAUAAGAAAAGUUCCCUUGUUUUCACAGCUAUCACAUGGAUAUCCUUUAGUUCUUCAGCCUCUAAACCUACUCUGUAUUCAAUUUAUAAUGCCAAUUUUAGGAGAGGAAUGAAAGAGACUUUUUGCAUGUCCUCAAUGAAAUGUUACCGAAGCAAUGCCUACACUAUCACAACCAGCUCAAGGAUGGCCAAAAAAAACUAUGUUGGCAUUUCAGAAAUCCCUCCCAUGGCCAAAACUAUAACCAAAGACUCAAUCUAUGAGUCAUUUGACAGAGAAGCCAAGGAAAAGAAGCUUGCUUGGCCCAUUAACUCAAAUCCACCAAAUACUUUUGUCUAA